UCCGCAGAAGAAGAGUUAGCAUUGUAAACACAAGGAUAUGGCUGACGAGAGGGGUGGAGGAGAAGACAACAUUGACGACAACAUGGGAAACCAGCUGCAGCUUUUACCAGAGAAUGAGGAAGAGGAGGAAGAUGACAUGGAGACUGAGGACCGAGACAAUGAAGAGGCAGAAAAGCCCAGCGUCAUCACGUUUGACCAAAGUCUUCCCACAUCGCAUGCUUACCUGGGUUCAGACAUGGAGGAGUUUCACGGACGCACAGUCCACGAUGACGACAGCUGCCAGACCAUCCCUGUGCUCCCCGACAGAGCUGUGAUGCUGGUUCCUGGCCAGACGUUGCCUCUGCAGCUCUUCAGACCGCAGGAGGUCAGCAUGAUGAGGAGCGUGAUCCAGAAAGACAGAACGUUCGCCGUGCUCGCACACAGCGAUGCAGGUGAACCCGAGGCAGAGUUUGGAACAACAGCUGAAAUUUAUGCGUACAGAGAAGAGCAGGAGUACGGGAUUGAAACUGUCAAAGUAAAGGCUGUGGGGAGGCAGAGAUUUAAGGUCCAUGAGAUAAGAACUCAAGCUGACGGCAUCAAACAAGCCAAAGUGCAGAUCCUUCCUGAACGGAUCCUCCCGGAUCCCCUCUCUGCUGUGCAGUUCUCACCACUGUUCAUGCUCCAUGUGUCCCCCUCCUCCAAACCUCGAGCGCCGAGCUGCAAACAGGUUCAGUGCUGGUGGAACACCUAUCGACAGAGGAAGUUUCACAGUGCCAGUCUGACUCCGUGGCCGCCCUGGGUGUAUGCACUUUACGAUUCUGAGUCUCUCAUGAACAGAGUGAAAAAACAGCUCCACGAAUGGGAUGAGAAUCUGAAGGACGACUCGCUCCCAACCAACGCCGUAGACUUCUCCUACAGGGUGGCUGCCUGCCUGCCCAUAGACGAUGCUCUGCGGCUCCAGCUGCUGAAGAUCGGCAGCGCCAUCCAGAGACUUCGCUGUGAACUGGACAUCAUGGACCGGUGCACGUCUUUGUGCUGUAAGCAGUGCCAGGACUCUGAAAUCACUACAAAAAAUGAAAUCUUCAGCUUGUCUCUGUAUGGCCCCAUGGCUGCAUACGUCAACCCUCACGGCUACGUCCAUGAAACCCUGACGGUGUACAAAGCCAACAACCUGAACCUGGUCGGCAGGCCCUCCACGAUGCACAGCUGGUUUCCAGGGUAUGCCUGGACCAUUGCUCAGUGCCGAACCUGCGGCUCUCACAUGGGUUGGAAGUUCACAGCCACCAAGAAGGACUUGUCUCCACCUCGGUUUUGGGGUCUGACUCGCUCAGCCAUGCUUCCCCGUAUCCCGCAGGAGGAUGGCGACGAUGGCAGAGAGGGUUCUCGCCUCUUCUGCCUGUGAUGUCAGAAUGGUCCAUUUUUUGUCAUAAAAAAUAGCCCUGCAAGCCUCCCCAAACCUGGAGCUCCUGUCUUGUCUGGCUGCGAAUACUAUACCAGUAAUCGAUGAUUCACACAAGCUCUCACCUCCUGCAGUAAAUCCAUCACAUUAGUGGGAAGGUCACGGAGCCUUUAAACGACACUCUUGCUUUUAAAAUGUAAAGGCAAGUUGAUGGGAGCUUUAUGUUUCACUAAGAAAUAAUGAAAACAAAUAGGACAGACAGAAAGCAUCUGUUUAACAUCCCAGCAUGUAGCUCCAUGUCCUCACAAACACCAAAACAAAAAGUCAGCUGAAUGCACCAUGCUUUGUACCCUCAGCUCCUUUUGUCCUCCACUUGCAGAGUCUGACUGCAUGCAGCUGGCCGAUAAAUAUCUCUGCUCAGUCACUUUAACAUGUAGACUCGCUGUAUUUUCCUCAAGGUGUUCAGAUGCUUUGUGAGCGUCGGAUUAUGUUUUCAGAUGAUAUUUUAGCUGCUGCAGACGAGGAAGACGAACCAUUUGGAUCAAAAUGUGCUCAGAUGUGUAGAUCUGUAAUGAAGCUGGGAUGUUAUGUUUUGUGGAAUUAAAUGCAAGGUAUUUUUGUAUGCAAGAGG